UAGUGAUGGAGGAUGGACGCGGUCUGGACCUGAUUAAACUCACCACAGACAAACUCUCCACCGAUGCUGUAACAGAAUCAGUGACUUGUUCCUCCUGUGGAGCCAUUUCAUUAUUCAUCGGAACCACCAGAGAUCAUUUCGAGGGAAAGAAGGUCGUUCAGCUGGAAUAUGAAGCGUACGUUCCCAUGGCGGAGUCGGAGAUGAGGAAGAUCUGUGCUGAUGUGAGGAGAAGAUGGCCGACGGUCCGACACAUCUGCAUCCACCACAGACUCGGCGUGGUUCCUGUUACCGAGGCCAGUGUGAUCAUUGCCGUCUCGUCUCCUCACCGCAGUGACUCUCUAGAGGCCGUGAAGUACGGAAUCGAUGCUCUGAAAUCCACCGUCCCCAUCUGGAAAAAGGAGAUCUAUGAAUCGGAGGAGCCGUGCUGGAAGGAGAACAGCGAGUGUCUGUGGACAGGAAGUCGGGACGAGAGGAAAACCACUUGAACUUUGGACUGUAAAUGAGCUCCGGGGAUUUUAUCUGGAGGCGAGGUCACGAACCUAAAGCUUGCGAGAGAGAUGAGGAUUUUUUCCCCACAAUUUUAGAACUAAAUUACAAAAAUAUAUUUCUAGUUUUCAGAGAAGGUUUUAAGUCCAAAGCAGAAAUCUAAGUUUGGUUAAGAACUAAAAAUGAAAUUAAACAGGAAAAUCUCUUGUACUGCAUUAUAUAUUUAAUAGAAAUAUACAGUUUAACACAAAAUGCAUUUAUUCUUAGAGCUUUAUUCUAUUUUUGUCUUCUAAAUAAACAUCUGUGCGCUGAUUUAAUGAAAUAAACCGGUGUGGCGCUG